UCAUGCGUCAGAAUUGUCCUCUCUCAAUAGGAAAGAGCCAAAAGCAUUGGCUCAAGUGGAGACGAGUAAACCAUACACAUUCAUACGUUUUCUUACAAGAUAAGAUAAGAUAAUGUUAUUUCUACACCUUUCUUUAAUCCUGUGGCAGUUAACGACGACAUCAUGAAAUCUUGAUCCUUCGAUCAUUAGGGCUUUAUACCUCUUGCGCUUCUCACUAUAUAUAGAUAACCAAAGCAAUAGACAGACAAGUAAGUUAAGAGAAAAGAAGAAGAAGAAGUAGUAAUGGCUUCCUCUAUGCUCUCCUCCGCUGCUGUGGUUACCUCACCGGCUCAAGCCACCAUGGUCGCUCCAUUCACCGGCUUGAAGUCUUCCUCUGCAUUCCCAGUCACCCGCAAGGCCAACAAUGACAUUACUUCCAUCGCUAGCAACGGAGGAAGAGUUAGCUGCAUGAAGGUGUGGCCACCAGUUGGAAAGAAGAAGUUUGAGACCCUCUCUUACCUUCCUGACCUUACCGAAGUUGAAUUGGGUAAGGAAGUUGACUACCUUCUCCGCAACAAGUGGAUUCCUUGUGUUGAAUUCGAGUUGGAGCAUGGAUUUGUGUACCGUGAGCACGGAAGCACACCCGGAUACUAUGAUGGACGUUACUGGACAAUGUGGAAGCUUCCCUUGUUCGGAUGCACUGACUCUGCUCAAGUGUUGAAGGAAGUCCAAGAAUGCAAAACGGAGUACCCUAACGCUUUCAUCAGGAUCAUCGGAUUUGACAACAACCGUCAGGUUCAGUGCAUCAGUUUCAUCGCCUACAAACCACCAAGCUUCACCGGUGCUUAAUUCGCGUUGUAAGACAUUUCAUAAAUAAUAUCUACUCAUUUCAUUUCCAUUUGUCUGUUUUCUUUUUUUUUUUUCUUUGGCUUUUUGUUUCUGAGGCAUGUUAUAUCGGAUUGUCAAGUGUCUGAUUUAUGAACAUGUAAUCUCUAUAUUGCAUAUUUUCUUCUUGGUUA